AUGAUUGGACUAUUAGGUCUUGUUCUAGUUUCUUGCUAUGAUUAUGGAUCUAAUCAAAGUGGAGGGGAUUAGCCACCUAGUAGUAAUAAUCCUGUUGCACCAGAUAAUGAGAGCAGCCAAACUAAAAACUAAACAGCACCUUAAAAUCAAACUGAUUAAAACGAUGGGGCUAUUACUAAUAUAACUAGCGGUGGUGAUGCUAUGCUAUAAGCUAUUGGAUAACUUGGAUAAUAACUUAAUGGUGAAGUUUAUCCUACUGGAGCCGCUGACAAUAUCAUUUCAGCUCUGAAUAAUCUGUGGGUAUAAUCCUAAUAUAUUUCUGCAGCAGCAAAUCUUGUAACUUCUUAGAGUUCAAAUUCGAGAGAUGGAGGCAAUAGUGCUUCCGGUGAUUAGACUGCUAGUGGUUCAGAUAAACAGCAAGCUACGGCUUCAUUGAGUUAAAGAUAAAUUUGGUAUGACUAAUCUUAUGCUGCUGACGAUAGGAUGUAUGGAGCUGUUGAUCAACAAUUAGUGAUUCUAUUUUCAGCCAUAAAUGAGCAAUAAUGUUAUAAUGCUUAUACUACUGGAAUCUUUGAAAUAUUUGUAGGAUGGACUAAAUAUAGCAAUUUGCUUUUGGGAUCAAAUUUAACUGAUGAUCUUGAACUUAAAAGAUUUUGUUUGUCUGAAAAAGGAAAUUUAGAAAAAAUAAUUAACAAAAUGGCAUCUUUGAUAAGCGGAGAUGGAGAUUGCGAUGUCCUACAAGUGCUUUACGAUGGAAGUUAAGAGAGUAAUAUCUAUACUGGUUGGAGAGAUAAUCUAGAUGACAAAGCUGGCUAUAUAAUAAUGUAUCUUGCAGAAGGUUAUGUUGUUCUUUCUGCUUGUAAUCAAUAUGAGAUACAAGCAUAAUAGAAUUAAAAUCAAAAUAAUAGUAGCAUUAUUGAUAGCUCAUCAGCUUCAUCUAACUCUUCAGAACCCUCUGGAGACAGCUAAUUGAAUCAAUUGGUAGAUUACUCUUCACAACUGUAAAGCCUAAUCGAGAGAGUCAUUCAAUUUGACAGGCAAGCCAAACAAUCAGUGAUGCAGACAGUCGGCCAAAACUUAAACCUACUUUUGAAGAACAACCAAGGACUCAGUCCAGAGGUUUUAGCCACUACCCUUAUUGUAUGCUACAUUCCUAUCAUCUACAGCCAAUAUCUGUGGUAGCUAGGAGUAGUUUACUCGAAUACAACCGAGCAAGAUUUCUAUUCGAAUUGCUGGUCUUGUGUCACAGUUAUUUAGGGUGACUACAGGGCAACUAUCACCUGGAUUAGUCCAAACACCACAGCAUCUCUCUAAGCGCAGGACCUACAACAGUAUAUCUAGUCAGAUAACUCAACAGAGGAAAAUUCUAAUAAUGUAUUUGCUAAUUUAGGAAAAUGUACCAGUGGCGUAUGGAUUUUCAAUUCUUCGAAGCCAUAUUUUGUCAGUUCCCAAUUCGGUGAAAGACUUAUUUAAUCCCUAGGACAGGAGUACGAUAUUUUUGCUUGGGGUGUUUAGGAAGAUUGCCGUGGAUAACCAUUAGUAGGCAUUUAUUGA